AUGCUGGAUGUUUCUGCAGACAUCAAGCGGCAGAGCGAGGGCGCAAGGGAGCAGCUGGACAGACGGAUAAAUGAGCUGGAGGGUCAGCAGCGGGAGCUGCGCGGACAGCUGGAGGAGCGUGAGGCGGCUAUUGUGGGGCUGCAGAGCCGGAUGGGCCAGCAGCAGGGCCAUGAGGCAGAGCUGGAGUUGCGCCACCAGCAGCAGAUCAAGCAGAUGCAGGCAGAGUUCGCGGCGAUGCUCAAGGAUACACUUGAAAAACUGCAGCAGCGGCUGGAGGAGCGGCACACGGGCAAGGCUGUUGCCUUGGCUUCCACGGCUCUGCAGCGCCAGUCGUCGGGGCUGCACGGCGGCCCGGACGUGCUGUCCAGGAGUGUGGACAACCUCAACCUCAAGGCCCUCUCGCAGCCCCCACGCAGCGCGCGUGCGGGCUCGACCUACUCGGCCGCUUCAUCGGGCACGCGGACGGCGUCCGGCCAGGGCGGCGCCACCGCUGGGGCGCCAGGGUCGGCAACCAAGAGCACGGGCAGCAGCAGCAUAUACGCUACGCCGCGGCGAUCAUCCGACGUCUCCUCUCUGCUGAGGCCCUCCAACUCGCGGCUGCCCAGCUACGCAGCACAGCACGGGGCCGCACCCGGCGGGCCGGCGCGCGGGGCGGGCGCAGCUCUCGGCGCGAGCAGCGCUGCUAGUCGGGGCCACUCAGUCGGGGCUGCAAGCAACCCCCCGCGAACCACCCUGUCGACGAGCCCCGAAGCUGGGGCCCCUUCUGCUGCUGCAGCUGCGGAGCUGGCACAGGCGCACACACGCCUGGAAGCAGAGCAAGCUGAGAAGGCGCGAUUGCAGGUUGCGCUGGCACGAUCGGAAGGCGAACAGGCGGAGCUCCGACAGCAGCUGCAGCAGGGCCACGCCCAUGACAGCACGGCCCUGCAGGAGGCGCGCGCACAGGUGGCGGACCUGCAGCGCCAGCUGGAUGACGAGCGCUGCGGCAAUCUGGCUACUUCAACCACUUCUGAGCUCAUGCGCACGGCCCUGUCGCAUAACAUGACCAGCACAGCACAGCUGCAAUUGCGCAUCAACGAGCUGAUGAGCGAGUUGAGCGAAGUGCAGGUUGAGAGGGAUGCGACUUUGCAGCAGACCAUGGUGCAGACGGAUGUACUGGGGCAGAUGCAUCACAAGAUUGACCUGGUCAAGGCGGAGCUGAUGGCUGCCCAGUCCCUGAACAAGCAGCUGCACGAGCAGCUCAUGGACGCGCGCCAUGAAGAGGAGCACACGCCCAGCCCGCGGCUGGUGCAGCUGCAGAAGGAUCUGCGGGACGCUCGGCGCCGCGAGCAGGCCGCGACCAGCGAGGCGGCGCUCGGCGCAGAGGAGAUGGAGCGGCUUGGCCACGAGCUAGCGGCGGCCAACAGCAAGGUCAACCUGCUGCAGGUCGCGCGCAACCAGCUGCAGAGCAAGGUCGAGGCGCUGGUAGAGAGCGAGGAGCACCUCAAGAGCCGCGAGGCGGCGCUUCGCAGCAACGAGGCGGCGCUCAAGGGGGCGCUGGCGCAGAAACUUGACGAGCACCAGCAGCUGAUGAACGUCAUCUCAGAGCUGCAGCGCCACAAGGCCGGGCUGGAAGGCACCCUGGAGGAAAAGCGCGCGUCGCUCACGGCGCUGGGAGCGCAGCUGGCAGGGCGUGGCAAGGCGCUAGCAGGGAUGGAGGGGCAGCUGGCCGAGCAGCAGAGGAACCUCGACCGCCUCACGGGAGAGAUGCGCGUUGCGAACACGGAUCGCGUCCGCCUGGAGGAGGAGCUAUCGGACAUGGCGGCAGCCCACAGCGACCUGCAGCAGCAGCUGGCGGCGGCGCGGGACGCGAGCGCGGGGUCUGCAGCCGUCGCGGCAAGGGCGGCUGCGGCAGAGGGGCGCGCUGAGGAGCUGGCAGCGGAGGCGGAGCGGCUGACUGCUGAGCUGGCGGAGGCCACGCAGCUGGCCGAGGCGCGCUCCGAAGCGGCGCAGGAUGCUGAGAUUGCAGCGCUUAAGCGGCGGCUUGAGGCUAGUGAAGGCCAGCAGCGGGAGCAACAGCUCGGCCUGCCGCAAAAAGCAGUGCGCAUGCGCAGCAGUCCGCUGGCAGAGCCCUGCAACAGCAGCAGCAGCAGCAGCCACAGCAGCGGCAGCAGCAGCUGCCUGUGUCUGAGAAAUCAGUUUGACACUGUUGCUGCCCCACGUUGGGGGCCUGUUCCGCAGGCUGAGCUGCAUGCAGCUGCUGCCGCAGCCGUGACGGAGCGCAAUGCGCAGGCGAGCCAUGCGCGCAAGCUGCUGGCGGACGCUGCCCGGCUGCAGGAGCAGCUGAAUGGCGCAACUGAGGACAUCUUCACGCUGCAGAAGCAGCUCAACACCGCCAUCAAGCGAAUCGACGUGCUGCAGGACGAGAAAAACGUUGCCGUAGAGGCGCGCAACCAGGCGGCGGCGCGCGCGGACCAAAUGCAGGCGGCCAAGGAGCGCCUGCCGGAGCUGGAGCAACAGCUGGCGCAGCUGCAGGCUGACCUGCGAGCCAGCAAUGAGCUGUGCGCGGCGCGCGAUGCGGAGUGCCAGCAGCUGCUUCAGCGCGCCGCCGCCCAGGGCACGGAGCUGGAGGUGGCACGUGCCCAGCUGGCAGAGGCGGCGGGGGCAGCCGCACGCUUGGCAGGGGUGGAGGCCGCGCUGGCUGCGCAGCGCGAGGGCGUGGGGCGUAUACAUGAGCUGCUGCGGGCGGCGGAGUCGCGCGUGUGCGAUGCGGAGGAGCGCGCCAGCCGAGCAGAGGCGGAGGUGCGGCUCUCACAAGAGGCGCAGGCCGAGCUCGAGAGGCAGGCGGCAGGGGCGGCCGCUGCGCAGCUGGCAGCAGAGGAGGCCGCGGCCGCGCUGGACGCCGGCGAGCGCGCCGCGCGCGCCGCGGCGGCCGAGUCGGCUGCGGAUGCACGCGCCGCGCGCGAGGCCGCGGCGCGGCUGGGCGAGCAGCUGGCGGCGUCUGUGUCGUCGGGGGGCAGUGCGCUGCGGGAGCUGGAAGCGCGGCUGCAGCACGCGCAGCAGAGAGCGGAGUCCCUGGCCACAAAGUGCGAGGAGGCACGCUGCGCGGCCGACGCUGCGGCAGCGCGCGAGCGCGCGGCGCAGCAGGAGCUGCGGCUGGCCGAAGUCGAGGGACAGCGGUUGACGCGGGCACUGACGUCCGCACAGGCAGCCGCGGAGAGCGCCCGCGCCGACGCUGACGCAGCCCUGUCUGCGGCGGCGGCUGAGGCCGCGGCAGCGGCGACGGCGGCAAGUGUCAGGGUCGAGACCAACGCGGCAGCGGCGCGCGUGCGGGAGCUGGAGGGGCAGCUGUCUGCGCUGUCAGCACAGCGCGCGCGCUCGGCGCGGCAGUCCAAGAUGCAGGCGCUGCAGCUGAAGGAGCUCGAGGCUGCAAAGGUGGACCUGGAGGCGCAACUUGCAGCCUUCCACCCUGAGGCCGCGCAGCCAGGCAGCAAGGCGGCCAACAUGGCAACAGCGGCCUCAGCAGACGUGGAGUUAGGCGGUGCGGCGGAGGAUCAAGGGGGGACUUCGACUGGCGAGGGUGCGGCUGGGGGGGCGGGGGCGGCGGAAAGCGGGGCAGAAAGCGGGCGGAGGCGGCGGCGGGGCGCAUUCGGGCGGGUGGUGGUGCCCAUGCUGCAGUGGAGCGGGGUGAUGAGUGCGCUUGCCAUGGCGGCGGCGAUGGCGGCGGGGCGCGCCCAGCAGCUGGAGCAGCAGCAGCAGCCACUAAUGCAGCAGCGCAGCACCAGCGGAUGA